AAGAAGACGAUGUAUUGCAGCUCUUGCAGAAACUAUCCAGAUGACGGGGGCUUGUGCAAUGACUGCUACGUCAAGACCGGAGAAAUCGUUGAGGAGUUGCUACGAGAGAUCGAAGGGCUUAAAGCCAAAAUUGCUUUCUUACGGUUUUCGUCUCCACUCGAUCACCGCAAUCACCCAUAUUACACCGACAUCGUUUUGCACGCCGCUUCCGAGGACAAACCUUCUGUCCCCGCUCACAAAGCCGUUUUGGUGAAUCGCUCGCCAGUGUUCAAAGCCAUGCUAGAGAAUGAGAUGGCAGAGAAGCGGAGUGGCACCAUUAAGAUCAGUGAUGUAUCACAUGAUGUUCUCUGUGAAUUUGUCAACUACAUUUACACUGCUGAAGUAUGUCUUGAUGAGCAAAUGGCCUGUGAACUUUUAGAAUUGGCUGAAAAAUACGACAUAAAGCAUCUUAAAGCGUACUGUGAGAAGUUCCUUGUAUCAAAGCUGAACUGGGAAAAUUCAAUCAUGAACUACGUAUUCGCACACCAGCUGAAUGCGAAGCAUCUGCUUCGUGCAGCUUUAUCAUUGAUAACCGACAACAUGAGCGAUUUCACUAAAAGGGAAGAGUAUAUGGAGCUUGUUGAAAACAACCCCCGACUUCUUGUGGAAAUCUACGAAGUUUACCUCUGCAAACAGGACAGUGCUGCAGCCCAAAAUCCUUUCCACAGCGAGUCACCAUAAGCAAGUCUUGGUUUUCUUGGUGUGAUGAUCUGAAGCAAAAAAUAUUCUUUUUCUGAGAUGGGGUAUAUACUUAACGUUACAUCUGAUGGGACACUAUAUCAAAUAAGAAAAACAAAUGUUGUGUGAUAAAAUUCCACAGCAUAAAAUUUGUAUAUGAAAGAACUCUCUAUUUGCUUCUUUGUUUUCAUACAAAAGAGUUGUUUUAUUGUGUUUGUGUUGUCAAACUUCUCCUUUCUCAAAUGCACAGAAUUGACAACAGAGUGGUGAAGCUAUACGAGUUGCAUGCAAUGAUAAACAAUGUUAUUUAUUUACA